AUGCUACGGAGAAGUCAACCUGGCUCUGCAGACGUAUCGCGGCCUUCAUCCCCGCACAAGCAGCUUGCUCCUGCGCCUAUAAACGAUAGACAAGGCCGAUUCCAAUCUCCAGAUGAUGGGGACUUUGUGGGCAGUGCACCAGUGCCUCCUCGGAAUAUAUCAGCGAAGGCGUUCAGCCCAGACUAUUUCAAGACGUUCUUUGUGGAAGAGAGGGAGCUAGGAAGAGGGGGCAAGGGCGUUGUACUCCUCGUGCAGCACGUCCUGGACGGCGUUCAGCUGGGCAAAUUCGCAUGCAAGCGCGUGCCCGUGGGAGACGACCACGAGUGGCUUGAGAAGGUCUUGAUCGAAGUACAACUUCUACAGAAUCUGUCACAUGAGAACCUCGUCUCGUACCGCCAUGUGUGGCUGGAAGACUUUCAGAUCUCCAACUUUGGGCCCAGUGUACCAUGCGCUUUCAUCUUGCAGCAGUAUUGCAAUGCUGGAGACUUGCACGACUAUAUAUUGGACUCGGCAAGGACGAAGAUUACGAAAGAGCAGAUGAAAGAGCGGCUGAGAAGGAGGUCAAAAGGUCACCUGGAAGAUCCGCAGGAUAUCCAUGGGCCGCGACGCAUGCCUUUUGAGGAGAUUAUCUCGUUCUUCAAGGACAUCACCUCGGGCUUGAAUCAUCUCCACGCGAAUGGGUACAUCCAUCGCGACUUGAAGCCCAGCAACUGUCUACUCCACAACACUGGACACAAGAUAAAAGUUCUAGUCAGCGAUUUUGGUGAAGUGCAAUCUGCGAACGUCGCCAGGAACUCGACUGGCGCUACUGGGACAAUCUCAUAUUGCGCGCCAGAGGUACUUCGUCAAGAGAGACCAGGCGGCGCAUUCGGUAACUUCACGACGAAAUCAGACAUAUUCUCGCUAGGCAUGAUUGUCUACUUUAUGUGCUUUGGCCGACUGCCGUAUCGGAAUGCAGAUGGUAUAGACGAGGAUAACGAGGAUCUGGACCAACUUAGAGCGGAGAUCUCGACAUGGGCGGGCAUUGACGAUGAGCAGCGUGUGCGAUCAGAUCUACCGGAGAAGCUUUACAGGUCACUGAAACGCCUCCUUGCUUUACGACCAGACGACCGUCCAGGGACUGAAGAGAUUAUGCAGGUUUUGAAGUCACCAGCGUUGUUUGACGAAUUCAACACAUACGGUGGCCCGUCGUCCGAUCUCGAUGACUUUACUCCACGCAUCAGUCGAGCGGACACACCUAGUCCAUCGCCUGAGUCUCACAGAAAACGUACCUCUAUACACUACACCAGACCAGGCCGCUCAAAUCUCAGCGCAUCAGUCAUGGACCGAUCACCUAGUCCGCCGCAACCAGAGCCCAUGAAGAGGGAAUCAUCGGACGAAGGAGCCGUCAUGCUCAGACACAAGAAACUAGAAUUCCCACCCCCACAGUCCAUGACCCGCACACCCUCACCCCAAAGACUUAUGCUACCUCCACCGCCUUCACCAAAUGCCAUGUCUCGCUUUCGCCUUGCCUUGCGGAAUCCACUCUUCAUCGGCACAGCUAAGAUCCUGUUCUUCUGUAUCAAAGCAUACACUCUGCUCUCUCCCUGCCAGCCAUUUGCCGCGGAUCCACGUGUUGCGUAUCCGCGUUGCUGGCAGACACGUGCGGCUAGAUAGCCUGUCUGUGACUGUACUUUUGCUGGCGAUGCAUGUUGCUGUUGUUGGAAUGGCAGUGAGAUGGGAUGGCCUGUGUGCGAGGAGACAGGUUGCUUGGGCGGGAUUCUGAAGUAACAGGUGUUGUUUUGGAUUUGAGAUACCUCUUUGUUUCUUGAUUGGGGAAUAUGAAUGAUAAUUAAUGUGCAUUACAUGGUUUCCAGACGAUGACUCGAUGAUUGUCGUGACUUCAAUAUGGAUGACUAGUUU